AAACGCUGCGAGGCUGUACGACCGCCACAGCUCGCGCCAACCGAGCAAAGCCCUCAAGGGACUCCCCAGUACCGCAGCCGUCGCGGACACAAGCUCCGGUCCAGCAGUUUGGCCCGGGACACGUGCUGUAAAAGCAGGGCGCUGCAACUUCACUGCCCGCGACCCGACGCAGGGCAUCCAUCGCUCCGCUCGCAAGACCACACCUCGGAGGAGGAAGGCAGUCGUAGGCAGGACUCCCGCAAACUUCGGGACACCAUGCGCGCCGCCACGACCCUCCUACGAAGGACCGCCCCGCGCUGGGCCCGAAGCGUCUUCAUCCAGGUCGAGAAGACACCAAACCCGUUCUCCCUGAAGUUCCUCCCGAGCCAACCGGUUAAGCUAGGCGCCGAAACCUCAUCUGGAUUCCACUUCACGAAGGGCGACGCCGAGGCGAACAAGUCGCCUUUAGCUCGAAAGCUGUUCACGGUCGACCACGUGACUGGUGUUUUCAUCCAACAGGACUUCGUCACGGUCUCGAAGAACGACGAGGGCGCGUGGAGCACGAUCAAGCCCCACGUCUUCUCGCAUUUGAUGGACUUCUUCGCCGAGGGCGUCGAUGCCGUCUCGGCUGAUGAUGAGUCGACACCUCGGGAUACCGAGAUACUGGAUACGGAUUCGGAGGUCGUCGCGAUGAUCAAGGAGCUCAUAGAAGUCCGGAUAAGACCUGCCGUCCAGGAAGAUGGUGGGGACAUCUUUUAUCGCGGGUUCGACGAAGCUACUGGUCUCGUGCAAGUGGAAUUGGCUGGGAGCUGUGUGGGAUGUCCUUCAUCUUCAGUUACUCUGACAAAUGGAGUGGAGAACAUGCUCAUGCACUACGUCGAGGAGGUGCGAGGCAUCGAGAACGUCACCCCAGCAGGGGACGAGGACGAGUUCAAGCUGUCGUUCGACCCGCCCGAUAAUCCCCACGUGUCCAUAUAACUUACAAUCUUGUUCUUAAUCACACAUCGCGGCGGCA